GCACGACGCACGCUCGAAUUCCUUCUUCUCUCUCUUCGAAAACCCUUUCUCUCUCUUCGAUCUCUCUCUCUCUCUCUCUCUCUGUGAUUGCAGAUCAGGCUCCCGCGCCACUCCAUUCGCGCAUCUCCGACCUCCUCUCUCCACGCGGCCACUGUCCCGUCGCGCGAAUUCGCCCCGCCGUCGUAGGAGACCGCAUCCUCCGCCGCCGCGGCGAUGGCCCCAGCUUCAUCCCCUCCGCUAGCAAUGCAUUCCUUUGGAAGUCAGGCCAGGGGAAGGAAUCAAUUACUCCCUCGUUACUGGCCCAGGAUAACAGAUCAAGAGCUACAACAAAUCUCAGGAGACUCAAACUCUGUAAUCACUCCUCUGUUCGAGCAAACGUUGAGUGCUAGUGAUGCAGGUGAAAUUGAACGUAUAGUGGUGCCAAAAGAAUGUGCCGAGGCCUAUUUUCCGUCUAUUUCUCAGCCUGAAGGAUUGCCGCUCAAAGUUCAGGAUGCCAAAGGCUCGGAGUGGAUAUUUCAAUUUCGAUUCUGGCCCAAUAAUAAUAGUAGAAUGUAUGUUCUGGAAGGAGUCACGCCUUGCAUACAGUCCAUGCAGUUGCAAGCAGGAGACAUAGUGACAUUUAGUCGGUUAGAACCAGAGGGAAAAUUGGUCAUGGGAUUCAGAAAGGCUUCAACUGCUCCCUCAUCUGAUGAGGAAAAACCCUCUCAUGAUGGAGAAGAUGCUUCUAUAUCUGAGCAACGACCAGAGCAACAGCUUGAGGAGUCUUUUGAGCAAUCUGAUACUCACUUCCAGGGGAAUAUGGGAAGGGCGGAGCCAAGGCUGAGGCCGGGGAAGAGGAGUAGAGACUGUAAUCGUGGCGAAGCCGUCUCCGGGACCUCGCAUGCCAGACGGAACAAGAGGAUUCGCAAUGGGUCGUAGAAAUGAAAAUACAAAAAGAAAAAGAAAAAACAAUCUAUGAACGUUACAUAGAAGUAUAAGGGUUUGUGGAAUGGCCUUUUUCGAUAUAUAUAUUUUGUCUUCGUCUCUCCUUAUAUUUGUAAUCGAUGAAGUAGGUUUUUAUAUCCUCUUUGUGAAGACUCUAGAGUAUCGUAUAUAAAUCGUGGGAAAGUAGAGGUUGGAA